UCAAGAUGUGUGCCUUUGGAAGUGAUGGGGGCAAGUGUGAUGGUUGGAGUGAGAAAUUGUGUAGCAGCUCAGCUGAGACAACUCAUCCCUCACCUGAUCAUCAACCAUUGUGUUGCUCAUCGCCUCACUCUGGCAGCAGGACAAGCAUCAAAGGGACUCUUCUACCUGCAAAAAGACAUCCUUGGGGACCUGUAUCGCUUCUAUGCUAAAAGUGCUGUUAGAACGCAAAGACUGGGUGACAUACAAGAGUUGAUGCAUGAGCCAGGCAUCAAAUUAGUUGAGGCCAAGGAUGUGAGAUGGCUGUCGCAUGAUAAAGCCACUACCACUCUGAGGAGAUGUCUCCCUUCUGUGUACACCAGUUUAAAGCGUGAGACAGAGGAACACAAUGAUUCCAGGGCAGCAGGCCUCUCCAGGUUUACAUAGAACUAUCAGUUUGUCGUGACUACACAUGAUGUGUGACGUUCUGCCUCAUCUGUCUGACCUUUCCAAGGCUAUGCAGGAAAUUUUUUCUUCUUUUUAAGCUUAAUAGUGGACUGAGUCCUUUUUAGCUCACCUGUCACAAAGUGACAGGGUGAGCUUUUGUGAUCGCUUUUCGUCCGGCGUCCGGCCGUCCGUAAACUUUUACUAUAAAUGACAUCUCCUCAUAAACCACUAAGCCAAUUUAAUCCAAACUUCACAGGAAUGUUCCUUUGGUGGUCACCUUUAAAACUUGUUCAAAGAAUUUAAUUCCAUGCAGAACUCUGGUUGCCAUAGCAACCGAAAGAAAAAACUUUAAAUAUCUUCUUUUAAAAAACCUAAAGAGCUAGAGCUUAGAUAUUUGGCAUGAAACAUCUUCUAGUGAGUGUCUACCAAGUUUGUUAAAAAAAAAGCCCUGGAGUCAAAAUUGGCCCCGCCCCAGGGGGUCAUUGAUUUUCCCUAUAUGCAUAUAGUAAAAACUUAAAAAUCUUCUUUUAAAGAACUCAAAGAGCUAGAGCUAAGAUAUUUAGCAUGAAACAUGUUCUAAUGGGUGUCUACCAAGUUUGUUCAAAUAAAAGCCCUGGGGUCAAAAUUGGCCCCGCCCCAGGGGGUCAUUGAUUUUCCCUAUAUGCAUAUAGUAAAAACUUAAAAAUCUUCUUUUAAAGAACUCAAAAGGCUAGAGCAAAGAUAUUUAGCAUGAUACAUGUUCUAAUGGGUGUCUACCAAGUUUGUUCAAAUAAAAGCCCUUGGGUCAAAAUUGGCCCCGCCCCGGGUGUCAUUGAUUUUCCUUAUAUAUGUGUAUAUCUAAGCAAAAACUUAAAAAAUCUCUUUGAAAAAACCUAAAUAGCUAGAGUAAAGGUAUUAAGCAUGAAACAUCUUCUAGUGAGUGUCUACAAAGUUUGUUCAAAUAAAAGCCCUGGGGUGAAAAUUGGCUCUGCCCUGGGGGUCAUUGAUUUUCCAUAUAUGUGUAUAGCAAAAACUUAAAUAUCUUCUUUGAAAAAACCCAAAUAGCUAGAGUUAAGAUAUUAAGCAUGAAACAUGUUCUAGAAAGUGUCUACCAAGUUUGUUCAAAUAAAAGCCCUGGAGUCAAAAUUGGCCCCGCCCCAGGGGGUCAUUGAUUUUGCCUAUAUGCAUAUAGUAAAAACUUAAAAAUCUUCUUUUAAAGAACUCAAAGAGCUAGAGCUAAGAUAUUUAGCAUGAAACAUGUUCUAAUGGGUGUCUACCAAGUUUGUUCAAAUAAAAGCCCUGGGGUCAAAAUUGGCCCCGCCCCAGGGGGUCAUUGAUUUUCCCUAUAUGCAUAUAUAUAUAGUAAAAACUUAAAAAUCUUCUUUUAAAGAACUCAAAGAGCUAGAGCUAAGAUAUUUAGCAUGAAACAUGUUCUAAUGGGUGUCUACCAAGUUUGUUCAAAUAAAAGCCCUGGGGUCAAAAUUGGCCCCGCCCCAGGGGGUCAUUGAUUUUCCCUAUAUGCAUAUAGUAAAAACUUAAAAAUCUUCUUUUAAAGAACUCAAAGAGCUAGAGCUAAGAUAUUUAGCAUGAAACAUGUUCUAAUGGGUGUCUACCAAGUUUGUUCAAAUAAAAGCCCUGGGGUCAAAAUUGGCCCGGCCCCGGGUGUCAUUGAUUUUCCUUAUAUAUGCGUAUAUCUAAGCAAAAACUUAAAAAAUCUCUUUGAAAAAACCUUAAUAGCUAGAGUAAAGGUAUUAAGCAUGAAACAUCUUCUAGUGAGUAUCUACAAAGUUUGUUCAGAUAAAAGCCCUGGGGUGAAAAUUGGCUCUGCCCCGGGGGUCAUUGAUUUUCCAUAUAUGUGUAUAGCAAAAACUUAAAUAUCUUCUUUGAAAAAACCCAAAUAGCUAGAGUUUAGAUAUUAAGCAUGAAACAUGUUCUAGAAAGUGUCUACAAAGUUUGUUCAAAUAAAAGCCCUGGGCUAAAAACUGGCCCCGCCCCAGGGGUGUCAUUGUUUUAACUAUAUGUGUAUGGUAAAAACAUAAAAAUCUUCUUUUAAAAAACCCAAUGAGCUUCAGCUUAGAUGUUUAGCAUGAAACAUCUUCUUAUGGGUGUCUACCAAGUUUGUUCAAAUAAAAGCCAUUGGGUUAAAAUUGGCCCUGCCGGCGGUGGGGGAGGGGGCAGAUCAUUGUUUUUCAUUAUAUGUCUGUAGUAAAAACUUAACAUCAUGAAAUAUUUUCU